GGUUAAGGACGCAAACGCAAGAAACAUCGGGAUGUCAUCCACCUUGGCGUCAUGCACAAUUUGGCGCGCGACGCACAACUCGAUUCGUCGAGUUACCACGAAGAUGCGCUUGUUUGAGGCUCGGCCUUCUCAAGAGGUUGAGUUUUUGCACGACCGGAGCUAUUCGCUCCAAGCCGAGGCGGCUCCCGGGAGUGGUACUAUCACGGCAAGGAGAAGUACACCUACAGAUCUUCUGGAUAAACGGAGAGCCGCCUGCGGGCAGUAUGAUUUCCAGCAGGGACGACUGACUUUCUCCUCACCAGCUUUUUCCAACAACAUGCGAGGGCCGCAACAAGAAGGACCCGAGCCCAACACGAGGC